AGAGGGGAGGAGCCAGUGCGCCAGCUCAGCUGACCGCAGAUCAGCAGAGGAAGAGAGAAGUGAAGAUGAUGGCAGAUAGUGACAGCGCAGACGUUGCUCUGAUCGGCAACACCGAUCUAACUUCUUCUGAAUCAGAGAACAACAUCGUAAACACGAUGGUGGAAAAAGGAACAGCUCUGUUAAGAAAAAUUGAAAUUAAUGUUCCGGAGGCAGAGAAGAGAACAGGGAAGAACACGGUGAAUAUGCAGGAAACCUACACUGCCUACCUCAUAGAAACAAGACCGGCUGAAAGUCUUCCAGAGGGAAGUGUCCCGGCCACCCCGGACAGUUUGUGGAGACGCUACAGUGAAUUUGAGCUGCUCAGAAUGUACCUCCUGGUCACUUACCCCUACAUCAUCAUCCCACCUCUGCCAGAAAAAAGGGCAGAGUUUGUGUGGCACAAACUGUCAGCAGACAACCUGGACCCAGACUUUGUGGAGCGAAGGAGGGUUGGACUGGAAAACUUCCUCUUACGGGUGGCAUCACAUCCUGUCCUCUCCACAGAUAAAAUAUUCUACCGAUUCCUCACAGAGGAGAAAAAAUGGAAAGAUGAAGUUUUGGAAACAGGAUUUCAAGAUAAGGCUGAUUCCAGACUCAAGUCACUGAGUGCGAUGUACAGAGUCAAAAACCCAGACAAGAAAUUUACAGCACUUAAACUAUACAGUGAUGAACUGAGCGCUGCCAUAUCUCAGCUACUCAGGGUCAGGGCGAGAGUAGCAGACAGGCUGUAUGGAGUUUACAAGGUCCAUGGAAACUACGGCCGAGUCUUCAGUGAGUGGAGUGCUAUAGAAAAAGAAAUGGGUGAUGGACUGCAGAGUGCUGGACACCACAUGGACACAUAUGCUGCGUCGAUAGACGACAUUCUGGAGGAAGAAGAACAUUAUGCCGAUCAACUGAAAGAAUACCUCUUCUACACCGACGCCGUCAGGUCAGUGUGUAGGAAACAUGAGUUGAUCCAGUACGAGCUGGAGACAGCAGCUCAGGACCUCGUCAGCAAAAAACAACAGAAGGAAGAGCUGACCACCGGGACGGUACGAAUCUUUUCCCUGAAGGGGAUGACCAGUAAAAUAUUUGGCCAGGAGAGCCAGGAGCAGAGGGAGAGCAGGUUGGCAGCACUAGAGCAGAGUAUACAGGAGGGAGAGGAGGCACUGAAGGAGAAAAACAAAGAGUGCCAGGAAUUUUUGCAAACAGCCUGGGAAGACAUUGAACGGUUCAAGGAGCAAAAGGACAGAGAUUUACGAGACGCACUAAUCAAUUAUGCCAUCAUGCAGAUCACUAUGUGUAAGAAGGGAAUCCAGGUGUGGUCAAAUGCCAAGGAGUGUUUCAACAAAAUGUGAGCCACUAUUUUUUUUCCAGCCACCCACACAAUAACGAGAUUGUACAGAUGAAGAACGUCAGCCAUCCUUAACGCUGCUGUCUUUGUGGAACUGGACCCUUCCAGGCCAAUCUCUCUCUCUCUCUCUCUCUGUUUCUCUUUCUCUUUGCUUGUGAUUUUUACACAACCACUAAAAAGCCAGGCUCCCGUGUUGAGUCCAUGUAGUGUCCAGUACAUACGACUGCAGAUCAGCUGUGUUUCUGUACUCACCAGGUUAAAGCUGUUUCUUUCUGUCAGUGGUUAACGCAACGCAUUUCACAAUUGCUUGUCUGAAAGAACAUCAUACAAAUUGUCUAAUCAAGCUAUUUAAAUUCUUAAUGUUUUGUAGAAAAAAACAACAUUUUAAUUGUAAACUCUACUUUUUUUUCCUCUGACGGUUCAGGAUAAGCUGAGAGAUUUUGGUUGUGGCGGGUUGUUGUGAUGAAUAAUUCACUCAGAUAAUCACUCUCCCCCGUGUCUCUUUUCUUCUCCUCCUUCUUCGUUUUAUCACCACUGACACACAGACACGGCUCUUAAAAAUGCCACUACCGAGAUUUUAUUUCUUCUAUUUUCUUGCUCAUGUUUAUCCUUUAUUUCCUAUCAAAACGUUGUGCAAUUAUUUACCUUAGUCUGACCAAAGUGCUUGUGACCAACACCUGACCUGUUUCAUUAUUUGUGCCAAAAAGAAAGAUGUAUUUGAAGCUCAGAAAAGCUCAGAAAAGGUAAAACUUGUUUUUUUUCAUGUUUUUGUUUGUUUUGUUUGUUUUUUUCUUGUUUUUUGGGAGACUUCUUGUAAAGGCUGAAUCAUGUCAACCUCACACAAAGUACUGACGUCUUUCAAGUGCAAUGGUUAACAUAAGCAGAAGAAAAAAAACACUCCACUCAGGAGUGGUUUUCUGUCAAGGGUCACGGUGUUAAAAACUAAUAUUGGAUUUGUGCAGCAAGGGGAAGGGCAAAAUAAAUGUUGACUCAGCAUUUUGGAUCCGUGAGACCCGGGUCAUUGUUUACUACAAACACUCAUGAUAAUUGACACAAUAAUGGCCAGAAGGUUAAAGUGCGUCAUAUCAUUGGCUGCCUGUGGCAAAAAAAACAAACAACAAAGAAAAACCAGUGUUCAAACCAGGUCUUAGACCCAGGAUAUAUUCAAAUAUAUUCUGAAUAGACUUGAAUGGGUUGUGGACUAGUUGAAAAAGGCUGAAAUCUAUUGACCAAAAUCUGGAAACAUUGAGAUACAGACGGUGUAAAUACUUCAACUCUGGCAUCUGCUAGUAGACCUUCAGUACGUUUGUUCCUUUUGGUGCUAAUUAAUCUAAACUUUUUAAACUCUUGCUGAGAUCAUUCCCACAUACGAAAGGCACCCUUUUAAAGAAAACAUAAUUGUAAAAAUAACAACUAUAAUAAGAAGAAUAAUAUUCGUCUAGAAUCAACCUGUUGAAUGAGAGAUUGUUUGUAUCACUAUAAACUCACUAAGGCACUAAUAAAACAUUUCAUUUGUAUCAAGUAUUUGUUGCAUGUCAAUACCUAAUAUUGAAGUAACAGGGAAGUCGUUUCUUUUUUUUUCUGGGAGGUUUUCACUUUAUAAACUUUAUUUUAAUUAAUUGGUGUAAAAGAUAAACUAUCUUUUAUUCAACACAUUCCAAAAGUCCUAAUGUAGUAAUUAUUUAUGUGCUGAAGGAACAUUGUUUUUUUUUCCCAUGACACCUGUGGAAAUGGGAACGUCACGUUCCAGUUUGGUUUCGAUAAUUUCCUGUGACUGCCAAAUUUUGAGUAAGACUGAAGUGAAUAAAUGUUCUGUAAA